AUGUCACGACAUCACCACAGUUCUCGAAAUGAGAAAUCACAUCCUCAUUCCCAUUCUCGACGAGAUACUCGCCAUGAAACUCGUCAUGAGAAAAAGAAAGUUACGCCGAAAAAUCUAGCGGCGACAUUGGGAAUGAUGGGGUUGGCGAUUGGGGCUACGUUGUUGACGGAGGGGGGACCGUGGAAGAGUCGUAUGGCUGCUGCGGCUACGGUGGUGGGGAUGGAGCAGAUGCUUGAGAGUGGGGGGUUUUUUGAUGGGAAGGGGGAGGGGGAGGGGAGGGUGGUUAAGGAGAGGGAGGAGAGGGGGGAGAGGGAAAGGGAAAGGAGGAGUGAGAGGGGGUUUGAGGAGGAGAGGAGACGGAGGGAUGUGGAGGAUGAUGAUGAAAGAGCAUAUCGACAUCGAAGGGAGAGGGUUAGAGAAGAAGAAGAUAGGAGAGAAACGAGAGGAACGAGGCAUGGAUAUGGACAUGGAUAUGAUUCAUAUGAGAGAACAAGACGAGAUACUCACGAUGAAGAUGAUCGACGACGUCGGGAAAGACGAGCUAGGAGGGAAGCCAAUAGACGGUUCGACGAACAGUAUGAGAUUGAGGAGCUUCCCGUCUGA